GUGAACCAUGACGUCACAUCGGAGUAGACCGAAGCAGACAUGAAAAUGCAAACUGAUAUAUUUGCAAUGCUGUAACAGUUUGACAAGAAAAGCUAGGUGAUUGAAAAUGCAGCCCUCCUCCUGUGACACCUUCGUGGCUCUGCCACCCUCCGCUGAGGGACAACGCAUCAUCUUUGGGAAAAACUCGGACAGACCUUGUGAUGAAGUCCAGGAGGUUGUGUAUUUUCCUGCAGCAGACUAUGAGGGAGGGGCAAAGGUGGAGUGCACAUACAUAGAGAUUGAGCAGGUCGCCCACACAUAUGCAGUUGUGUUGAGCAGACCAGCAUGGCUAUGGGGUGCAGAAAUGGGAGCAAAUGAACACCAAGUCUGUAUUGGAAAUGAAGCAGUGUGGGGUAGAGAGAGUGCUGAUGAUGACGAAGCUCUUCUUGGCAUGGAUUUGGUCAGGCUUGGGCUCGAGAGAGCUGACACUGCUGAGAAAGCUGUAGAUGUGAUUACUGAGCUGCUGGAGAAAUAUGGUCAGGGAGGAUCAUGCAUGGAGUGCCAGUCUGGCUUCACCUACCACAACAGCUUCCUUAUCUCUGACAGGAAGGAGGCAUGGCUGUUGGAAACGUCUGGGAAGUACUGGGCAGCAGAGAGGGUGGAAGCUGGACACCGUAACAUCUCAAAUGAGUACAGCAUAACAACUAAGAUCGACAAGGAACAUCCAGAGAUGAGAGAGUAUGCACAGAGCAAGGGCUGGUGGAAUGGGAAGACUCAGUUCAACUUCUCUGCAGUUUACUCCUAUGCAACUACAGGCAGAAUUGAAGCGUCUGGAAGCAGAUACUGUGAAGGAAAGAAGAUGCUGGAAAACAGCAAUGGUCAUAUCACUGCUGAGAAGAUGAUGAAUAUCCUGAGGGACAAAGACAGUGGAAUCAACAUGGAGGGGAUGUUCAUGACAACAGGAAGCAUGGUGUCAGUGAUACCCAAGGAUCCUGCUCUACCUGGUGUUCACUACUUCACAGCAACUCCAGACCCAGAAAGGUCUGUCUUCAAACCUUUCAUUUUUGUGAAUAACAUAAAUGAGCUGAAAGAGACGACUUCUCCCAGUUACGGAUUAGAUGACCCUGUAAAGAAGCAACCCCGCUUUCAGAGCAAACCAAACCGCAAACACGAGCUGUUUGUCAAGCAUGAAGUUGUGGCUGCAAUUAUCGACUCCUAUGAGGACAGGGGGAAGAAGAUAACGGAAAGCAUGAGGAAGCUAGAGAAUGAAAAGAUGACACAAAUGGAGGAAAUUCUUUCACAUGGUUUCCAGGAACCUGAGUCGUUGGUGAAUCUGUAUUCAAGCUGUGUUAAGGAGGAGUUGGAGAUGUAUAGCAAAAAAUGA